AUGAGCGUUAUUCCAGAAAGCAACGUGGAUGUUCUCAUUGUUGGAGCAGGGCCGGCGGGCCUCAUGAUGGCGACAUGGAUGGCCAAAUGUGGCAUCAACGCGCGCAUAGUCGACAAACGAGGAACCAAGAUCUUCAACGGACAAGCAGAUGGUCUCCAGUGCCGUACUCUUGAGAUCCUUGAUUCGCUAGGGUUUGGGCAUAGGGCAUGGCGCGAAGCAAACCAUAUGCUCGAAAUCUGUCUUUGGAACCCAGACGAGAAUGGAAUCAUCAGACGAAGUGAUCGCAUUCCAGACACUAUCCCUGGCAUCAGCCGUUUCCAGCAAGUUGUCUUGCACCAGGGUCGGAUCGAGAGAUUUUUCCUUGAUUCAAUCGCAGAGGCGAGUGACAUUCGGGUGGAGAGAGGCGUGAUGCCGUCAAGUCUCAAGAUUGACGAAUCUGCGGUAGAGGAUGAUGCCGCGUAUCCAAUCACUGUGACUUUGAGGCAUCUCACGGAGGAAGAGGCCACUCCAAAGCAAUCUUCAACAUCUGCCAACGGUCAGAGUGUACAAGACGGACUUUUUCGCAGCAACCUUGCCAAGGACGACACCCAAGACUUGCUCGAUGCUUCAAAGAUUAAUGCAAAGGCAAAUAGCGAAGAAGUGAUUCAUACAAAGUACAUGAUCGGUGCUGAUGGAGCACACUCGUGGACGCGCAACCAGAUUGGCCUAAAACUUGAAGGCGAUUCGACCGACUAUAUCUGGGGAGUUUUGGAUAUUGUACCAAUUACGGACUUUCCGGAUAUCCGAAUGAGAUGCGCGAUUCACUCUGCCGAUUGCGGGAGUAUCAUGGUUAUCCCGAGGGAAAAUAAGCUCGUCCGACUUUACAUCCAGCUAACCACGACACAAAAGAAUGGAGACAACUCGGGUAGGGUUGAUCGAUCUAAGAUCAAUCCUCAGAUGAUUCUGGAGUCUGCACAAAGGAUUCUGGCGCCUUAUAAGAUUACCUACCGUAAACUUGACUGGUGGACUGCAUACCAGAUAGGCCAGCGGGUUGGAACUUCUUUCUCCGUACACGAGCGCGUCUUUUUGGCAGGUGAUGCGGUACACACUCAUAGCCCCAAGGCGGGACAGGGAAUGAAUGUCAGUAUGCAAGACAGUUUCAAUCUCGGUUGGAAGAUUGCAAGCGUUGUCAAGGGUCACGCCCAUCGAUCAAUUCUGAAGACGUACCAAUCUGAAAGACGUCGCAUUGCGCAAGAUCUCAUCGCCUUUGAUCACAAGUUUUCUAGACUCUUUUCCGGUCGGCCCGCCAAAGAUGUCAUGGACGCAGAGGGUAUCAGCAUGGAAGAGUUCAAGGCAGCAUUUGAGAAGGGCAACAUGUUUGCCAGUGGUAUUGCUGUGAACUACGGUGCAAGCGCAAUUGUGGCAAAAGAAGGUAGUAGUGCAGAGCAGGGUGACGGCACCGACGUGUCCGUCGCGAAUGCAAAGCAUCGGGUCAUCUCUGACCAAUCUCUUUGCAGCGGCAUAACAGUCGGCAUGCGUAUUCCGAGCCAUAAAGUUCUUAGUCAAGCAGAUGCCCGGCCCUGGCAUCUUCACGAAGUGCUUCCUAGCAACGGACGCUGGCGAGUAAUAGUUUUUGCCGGAAACACUAAUGAUGAUCGGCAGCGGGACAAGCUUUGGAAGGUCUCGGAAGCUUUCAGCGCCCCCAAUUCUUUCUUAAACCUCUACACUCCCAAGAGAGCCAGAUACGACGAAGUAUUCGAGGUUCUUCUUAUCCACAACGCUCCACGUCAGAGCGUCACCGUUCUCGACUUCCCAGAGGUAUUCCGCCCUUAUGACGAAGUUGACGGUUGGGACUACAACAAAAUAUUUGUGGAUGAUGUUUCUUACCAUGAAGGGUUUGGAAAUAUUUAUGAGGCCCUAGGUAUUCCUCAGGAUGGAUCCAUUGUUAUUGUUCGACCAGACCAGUAUGUUUCUUACGUUGGGUCUAUGGAGAAGCCAGCUGCAGUCAACAGCUUCUUUGCAGGGUUUAUGAAGGAACAGCACGCUCCGGAUGAGGCACCGACGAAUGGUACCAAAGUCUGA